AAACAUCGAUUUAUACGUAUCACAUAUCGAUAACAGCAAACUUGUAUUAGUCCUCUUUUCUUUGAUGUCUUGUGAAUGACAUCGUUUUGCUGUAAUAAUUAACACGGCAUAAGCAGAAUUAAACACCAUGUCACGAUUCUUUGCCAACGGCUCCGACUCGGAAUCCGAAUCCAGCGAAGAGGAAGUUCAAGCAUCCAACUUCAAUAAAGCAACCAAUUUUCAAUUUAGCGAUGACGAAGAAGAAGUAAAGCGUGUCGUACGCUCCACCAAGGAAAAGCGCUAUGAGAACUUAACAGGCAUUAUUAAAACGAUACGCAACCAUAAGAAGAUUAAAGAUAUUCCCAAUACGCUGAGCAGCUUUGAGGAUUUAACACGAGCCUACACGAAGGCGCUGCCUGUCAUCUCUAAAGAGGAAAAUGGCAUUACGCCCCGCUUCUAUAUUCGCUGUCUUGCCGAGCUCGAAGAUUUCAUCAAUGAGGUGUGGGAGGAUCGGGAAGGACGCAAGAAUCUCUCGAAAAACAAUUCAAAGUCGUUGGGCACAUUGCGCCAAAAGGUACGCAAGUAUAUAAAAGAUUUUGAAGAGGAUCUGGCACGUUUCCGCGAAGCACCCGAUCAAGAAAGUGACGUUGAGGAGGGCGAUGGUGAAGCGCACGAUAGCGAUGCCGAUCGUGCAGGCGCUGACAGCGAUGAUGGCGUUUGCAUUGGAGUUGGUAAACUUGCUGAGUUGCCGAAGGCAGCUAAAUCGGUGGCAGCUAAAGUUAUUGCUGAUGAUGAUGAUUCGGACGAUUCGAUUGAUUGGGACUCGGAUACCGAGUCGGAAACUGAAUCGUCAGAGGAUGAGAAUCUAUACCAGAACAUGCGUGAGCGUUUCCUUAAGCGCACCACUGAAAAGGAGGACAAGGAUGAUGACAAACGCAAGGAUAAGCGUAAGGAGCAGAAGCACAAGGUGCGCAAGCGUGCCGACGACGACGAGGAUGGCGAAUGGGAGACUGUCGUCAAGGGCAAUGUCGUUGAGAAGCCUAAGAUGUUUGAAAAAGAUGCUGAAAUCGACAUUCCUCUAGUGCUUGCAAAAUUGGUUGAAAUAAUGUCGGCACGCGGUAAGAAGCGCACCGAUCGCCGUUUACAAAUUGAUUUGCUAUUUGAGUUGCGGGACAUCUCGGAGCAACAUGCUCUGGGAACGCCAAUUAGUGUAAAGAUUCAUUUUAACAUCAUUUCGGCUAUUUUCGACUACAAUCAAAAGAUAUCCGAGCCCAUGAAGCUAGAGCACUGGGCCCUGCUACUCGAAGUGAUGCAGAGCAUGUUGAAACUGCUGCUCGCCAACCCGGACAUCAACAUGAACGAGAAUGUGGCCGAGGAGCAUGAGGAAUAUGGAGCAGCGCCAUACUAUAUACGCGGUUGUCCCCUAGCAGCUGUUGAACGUCUGGAUGAUGAGUUCACCAAACUACUGAAGGAGUGCGAUCCACACUCCAAUGACUACGUUUCCCGGCUCAAGGAUGAGAUCAAUGUUGUGAAGACCAUUGAGCUGGUAGUUCAAUACUUUGAGCGUUGCGGCAGCAACAACGAACGUUGUCGCAUCUAUCUACGCAAGAUUGAGCAUCUCUAUUACAAGUUUGAUCCGGAAGUGCUCAAACGCAAACGUGGCGAGCUACCAGCUGCAGGCACCGCACCGUCAUCGGUUGAAGUGAUGGACAAACUAUGUAAGUUCAUUUACGCCAAGGACGACACAGAUCGCAUUAGGACGCGUGCGAUAUUGGCGCACAUCUAUCAUCAUGCUAUGCACGACAACUGGUUCCAGGCGCGCGAUUUGGUUUUGAUGUCACAUUUGCAGGACAACAUUGAUGCUGCGGAUCCGUCGACGCGCAUCUUAUACAAUCGCAUGAUGGCCAAUCUGGGCUUGUGCGCAUUCCGCCAGGAGAAUAUCAAGGAUGCGCAUCAUUGUCUGGUCGAUCUAAUGGUUACCGGCAAGCCAAAAGAACUGCUCGCCCAAGGACUGUUGCCUCAGCGUCAGCACGAACGUUCAGCUGAGCAGGAAAAGAUCGAGAAACAGCGUCAGAUGCCAUUCCACAUGCACAUCAAUCUUGAGCUUCUCGAGUGCGUCUAUCUGGUUUCGGCCAUGCUCCUUGAGAUUCCUUACAUAGCCGCUCACGAGUUUGAUGCACGCCGCCGUAUGAUCAGCAAAACGUUUUACCAACAGCUACGCUCCUCGGAACGCCAGUCCCUAGUGGGUCCGCCGGAAUCGAUGCGCGAGCACGUCGUUGCUGCCGCUAAGGCCAUGCGCUGUGGCAACUGGCAGGCCUGUGCCAACUUCAUUGUGAACAAGAAGAUGAACACUAAGGUAUGGGAUCUGUUCUACGAAUCAGAGCGUGUGCGCGAAAUGCUUGUCAAGUUCAUCAAGGAGGAAUCGCUGCGUACUUAUCUGUUUACGUACUCCAAUGUAUACACCUCAAUUAGCAUACCAUCGCUGGCGCAAAUGUAUGAAUUGCCGCUGCCGAAGGUGCAUUCGAUCAUCAGCAAGAUGAUUAUCAACGAGGAGCUGAUGGCCAGCCUGGACGAUCCCAGCGAGACGGUGGUCAUGCAUCGUUCGGAGCCAUCGCGCCUGCAGGCUCUGGCCAUGCAGUUCGUUGACAAGGUUACCAAUCUGGUCGAUGUUAACGAGAAGGUGUUCGACAUGAAGCAGGGGAACUUCUUCCAGCGCGGCAACAUGGGUAAUCGUGAUCGUGGCUACAAUCGUAACCAGAACAACCAGGGCGGCAAUUGGGGCGGGCAGCGUCGCGACAAUCGCAAUCAACGCAACCGCAACCAGCGUGGACACCACAAGCAACAGCAGCAGCAGCAGCAACAACAAGUGCAGACCAUCGAAGAGGAGUAGACACACACAAAGUAGAAGCCUUUAAACAAAUCCAUGGAUAAUAUACUGAUACUAGAGAAAUGGAUCUGUGGAAUCGGAACAGCUGCUGAGUGUAUUGACUGUGGUCAGACCUCCGAUUCAGUUGAAACGCUGAAUCGGAGGUCUACGUAUACCUUAGCAUCAAACCAAUUCAUUGUAUCCAUUUUAUCCUUAUCAAUUAUGCUGUACUGUGAAUUUGUUAUAACGCUCAUUAUGCUUAAAAACUAAUUGAUAAAUGCAUUUUGUAUGAAGUAAAAUCUAAA